AUGAUCUUCACACAACUGCUCUUCACCGCUGGUGGAUUUGUGGCUCUUUCAAAUGCCCAUCUCCUUAUGAACACUCCAAAGCCCUUCAGUUCACCCGCCCUCCUUAAUGGGCCCAUCGAAGAAAACGGAAGCAACUUCCCUUGCCAGGCAGGCUCAUCAGGCAGCUAUGCUGGAGACGCUACCGUCAUGCCUCUUGGUUCCAAGCAACCUCUGCUUUUUACCGGUUCCGCUGUGCAUGGUGGUGGCUCUUGCCAGGUUUCCAUCACGUACGACAUUGCUCCGAACAAGAACAGUGUCUGGAAGGUCAUUCAUUCCAUCGAAGGCGGCUGUCCCGCCAAAGACACACCCGGAAACUUGCCCGAAAACGCCGCGGCUGCCACCCCGUUCACAUACUCGUUCCCUAUCCCGAGUGACAUCCCGGCCGGUAACGCGACCAUCGCUUGGACUUGGCUCAACAAGAUUGGCAACCGCGAGUUCUACAUGAACUGCGCCCCUGUCAGCCUCACCGGCAGUGGAGGCAAGAAGGAGAACUGGGAAUCUCUCCCGGAUAUGUUAGUGGCCAACAUCGGCGACAAGGCCUGCACUACUGAAGAGGGCAAGGACUACAAGUUCCCCAACCCUGGAAAGUCUGUUGAGCGUUUCGCUCCUGCGGACAAGCUCGCCUUCCCCGUUGGAAACUGCGGUGCUAAAGGGGGUUCCGGUGGUGGCUCCGGCAACGGUGGCUCCGACGGCGGCUCUGGACCGGCCCCUGCGCCAACCACCACUCCUCCGGCUGCUGCUCCCACUCAAGCUUACGGUGGAGGUGGUGGAGGUGGUGGAAUCUUCAUCACGGCUCCGAUUCCUGAUUCUCCGGCCGCGACUCCUACUUCUGCCCCCGCUCCUCCUGCUCAAGGCGGUGGCGGUGGCGGUUCUGGCUCCGGCUCUGGUUCUGGCUCUGGCUCUGGCUCUGGUUCUGGCUCUGGCUCCGGCUCUGGCAGCUCCGGUGCUGGAUCUGCUUGCAGCGCCGAAGGAAUGUGGAACUGCAUUGAUGGAAAGUCUUACCAGCAGUGUGCUGCCGGCGUCUGGACGCCCAUCAUGCCACUUGCUGCCGGCACCUCUUGCGAUGUCGGCCAGUCUACUUCUCUCAACAUCAAGACUGCCGGCAAGAAGAUGAGGCGCCUUGUUCGUUUCCGGGGUUAA